UAUUAAAAUAUUUGGAGUCUGUAUGCAGAGUUUGUAAUUUCAAAUAAUUUGAUUUAAACAAAAAAUUCCAAUGAGUGAACUAUUUAACAUUGCAAAAAUAGACUCGUGUUGUCAGGUUUGUCUGAAAGAGAGUAGCGAUGUGUCCCAAGUAACAUUGUUUGAUCAAUUUUGCACCACUGCCAAUCGAAUUCGGGAUCUUCUGACUGAAGUAUUCUUGAAGCCUUUUUCGCUUGUUAAGUCUGAAGAGAUGCCAAGUUACCGCAUUUGUCAAUCCUGCUGCCUCAAACUGGAAGAUGUUCAUUACUUUAGAAAUCAGUGCACGGAAGUGUAUCAAUUUUACACUGCAGUAGAUCUAGCGAAAUCAUCUUCCAGUGAAUUACCUUUAGUGAAACUACUGGAAGAAAAAGAUAACUUCAGUCUUCUUGGGCAUUUAGAACAAUUAGGCAUAGUGUCUAGAUCGGACCUUACGAUUGAUGAGAUAUUGGUGGAAAUAGGGUUUGUCAAAGAGAAAACAUACAAUGAGCAGGAUGAUGCUGCAUCCAAUUCUGAUGUUAAAGAUUUCAAAUCUCAGGAUAGCGUCAUCGAGCCUACAGGAAGUUAUGUUUCAGAUUCAAGCGAUGACAAACCUCUUGUUACGAUGAAUAGAAAAAUUGGCGCGCCUAAACAGGUGAAAUCUAUUGAACGAGUUGAUACUUGUGCUAUUCCAGACUGCAAGGAGUUACUUGGUAAACAGCGUUUUGCAGAUCAUUUGAAGGAGUCUCAUAUUUACGGGUGCAAGGAGUGUGGUCUAGCGUUAAUAUCAAAGUAUACUAUGGCGAAGCAUGUCACGCUUCAUGUUAAUAAACCCCCAUCAGUAAAAUGUUCCUUCUGUGACCGCAUGUUUUCUAGUGUCGCCAAAAUGCGCUGUCAUGCAAUAGAUGUUCAUCUGCAGCGUCCAAAUAAUUACGAAUGUGAAGAGUGCGAGGAAAAAUUCGAAAGUCGGAAACUACUAAAUGCACAUCGAGUGAAUCAUUUGCCUAAAAACUGUUCUGUUUGUCAAUUAAACUUCGACACUUCAUACAAGUUACUCUAUCACAUUACAAAACAUCACCCUAAACAACUACUUCGCUGUAGACAUUGCUCGCGCAAAUUUUUGAACCAAUCUUUGUUUGAUCGUCACACGUUAGAACACUCCGAAACCGUGGAGAAUACUUUAGAGAACGGUUACGAACUGUUAACCGUCAAAAAGAUAACUCUUUCAACGUGCUUACAAUGCUCUAAACAGUUUAUCACGGAGGCACACAAACAGGCGCACAUGUCCACACAUGAUCCAGCGAGUCGACCCAAAGUGAUAAUCAAGAAACGCUCUAAAGAAGAACUGAACAAAUUGGAGUAUAAAUACCACUGCAAUCAAUGUAAUGCUUCAUAUCGCCUACCAAAGUCGUUGGAGUCGCACAUGAAAGCUCACACGACCACACCGUUCGUUUGUGAUAUUUGCGGAGCUUCACUAAAGACCAAGACCUAUCUGCAGCAACACAUCACAUACCGUCAUUCGAAGGAUUUCCGCUAUAUCUGCGACUUUUGCCCGAAAGCUUUUGCCACUAGUUCUGACCUGCAGCGUCACCGGCGGGUGCACACAAAUGAGCGGCCGUAUAAGUGUGACCAGUGUGAGGCGAGGUUCAAAACUAACGACGGCUAUCGGAAACACCUGCGAUCACACUCGGGGGAAAAGAUCUAUCGCUGUGAUCUGUGCGAUCGCAGUUUCAUGUGCCACAGCAGCCUGAAAACACACAAGACUUCGCACACGAACGAAAAACCGCUCAAAUGCUUUUAUUGUGAACAGCACUUCAAUGUGCACAAGAAUCGACGGAGGCAUAUUCUUCGAUUGCAUCCUGGACUGCCGACUAGGGAAGCACCCGGAUGAAGAAUAUUUUGCCGGUUGUCCAGAGUUUUUUUUCAUCCUGUUUCAAAAAGUCUAUUUCGAACAAAUGUUGAACAUUUGGAAAUAAACUUUUUUCAGCUAAAGAUAAAAAAAUCUGUUAUUUUCCUAAAUUAUCUUCUUCGUUCACCAAACUGUUAAAGAACUAGGCAAAUCUGCACAACAAACUGUUUUACAGCUGCAUGAUGAUUGCCAAGGAUUAUCCGUCGUUCAGUAAUAAAGCUACGGUUCAUCUGUUCUGAAGUUUCUCAUAAAAAAACUUGUGGUUUUGUUCAGUGCAAAAGUAAUCAAACUUAACCUCAUGCAUACUAAUCAAAUCAUUAGCAUUUUUCAAACACAACGAAAGAGUACUUUUAUAUCUUGGCCGAAAUAAUUGACAUAAUAAACCGCUUACGACCAAAACGAUAAAAACAAAAAGUAAUCCAGUGAACAAAAGACAAUUAUGAAAUGGACAAAAUUUACUAACAAAAGGCAUCAGCACUUUAUUCUUUAGUAAAAAAAAUGUUUUACUUAAGGAGCAAAUAGACGUCGAUCAAAAGCAAAUGAAUUUUCUUCAACUAUACAAAAUCAACAGUGUUAUAUACGUUUAAUCAUAUUCUAAGCGCAAAUAAAUUGAAUUCGCUAACGAAAGCCAUAAUAUGCACAAUUAAAAGCAUGCACAGGUCUAACCGAUGAAA